CCAGCAGUCUCUGCUAUGUCACUGUGGUCUCUACUCAGCACCCUGGUCUGGGGCCCUGGCUCUGUCCUCCUCGUUCUGGUCUUCCUGCUUAGACUAUGUGUGCGGCUCUGGCAUAAGUCUCACCUUUGGGACCUCCAGCACUGCUCCACCGAUCUGACUGGGAAGACGGCAGUGGUGACUGGGGCCAACAGUGGCAUUGGGAAGGUUGUGUCCCAGGAGCUGGCCCGCCGAGGGGCCCAGGUGAUCCUUGCCUGCCGUAGCUUCGAGCGUGGACAGCAAGCCCUGGCCGAGAUCCAAGCAGCUUUAAAGUGCCACCACCUCCUUCUUGGUGAGGUGGACCUGAGCUCCAUGGCGUCCAUCCGGAGCUUUGCCCGUUGGCUUCUGCAGGAGUAUCCUGAGAUACAUCUGCUGGUUAACAAUGCUGCAGUCUGUGGAUUCCCCAUGACGCUUACCCCAGAGGGCCUUGAUCUCACCUUUGCCACCAACUAUAUCGGGCCCUUUCUGCUCACAAAUCUGCUCCAAGGGGCCCUCCAACGGGCAGGGUCAGCCCGGGUGGUGAAUGUGUCUUCCUUCCAGCAAGCACGUGGGUACAUUGAUGAGGGACAUCUGACAGGGGCUGGUAGACCUUUGACCUUCAACCAGAACUAUUACUGCAGCAAACUGCUUUUGACCUCAUUCACUGGAGAGCUUGCUCGGAGACUUCAAGGGACAGGUGUGACUGUGAACUCUGUGGACCCAGGUGUUGUAUACACAGAGAUCAUGAAGCACUUCUCUUGGUUUUACCGCUUCCUUUUCUGGCUCGUCAGCUUCUUCAUUAAGGAUCUCAAACAAGGUGCAAUCCCAGUCCUCUACCUGAGCUUGGCAAAGGAGCUGGAUGGCAUUUCUGGAAAAUAUUUUAGCAGUUCUUGUGUGAUAAGUCCUCCCCCUAAAGCUGCUCAGGAUCCUCAUGUGGCCCAGAGCCUCUGGAAUGCCACAGUCCAACUAAUAAACCUAGACAAGGUGGACUGAUCCUCUGUGACCCUUGCCCUAACUUGCCACCCUCCCCCUGACUCCUAACCCUUAAUCUGAUUAUGCCUUUUGUUUGCUGGCUCAAGGAUCAAUCACCUAGUCCAGUAUAAAGACCUCUUCCUCUUCCUGUUGACUCAGUGACAUGAGAGCGCAGACUGGCCAGGGGACUGCUUCAGCCUCUACUUUACUGCCACUUCUCUGAUGGAAGUGUUCAUCCCUUGGGCGCUAGGAUCUCUAAACCUACUGAGUCCCACAUUGUGGUGACGGGGAGUAAAACUCCUUCCAGUGGGUAUUAUAGGAGGAGAAACUUCUGUCUGUUCCUCUUGAUUCCUAGAUGUGUGCUUCCUGUCUUUGGGGGAGACACCACCACACAGUGUCCUCUGCAUUAAGGCAUAUGCCGUAUCUUGUAGGACAGCAUGCCAGCUUCACAGGGUGUUGUCUCCCAGCUGAUACGGUAACUGAGCCUGCAGAUAAUCAUUCCACCAUUCCAUCAACCAGCUGCUCCUGUGAUGCGUCAUGCAAUAACACCAGUGAAUUCUGGGAGUCAGAGCCCAUUGCUUUUUUUCUGGGGUCUUUGUUCAUCUACAUAAAUUUUGGAAUCAGCUCUUCAAAUUUCACACACACACAAAUCCUGUUGAAAUUGCACUACAUCCACUGGGAGGAUUGACAUUUUUAUGAUAUUGAGUUUUCCUGACCAUGAACA